AUGAAAGCGUACGAGACGACCUAUGGCUCGAUACCGUUCAACCCGCUAGCAUCCAGAGGAAGACGCCAAGAGAGAGGCGCAGAGCUAGAACACUACAGAGACAAGCGUCCAAGAACAGAAUCCCUGAUUCAAGACGACGAGCUCCUGGACGAACUAGAGAAUGAUCGGCCAACCCAGACCACGCUGAAACGCACAAACCCCGCAGAGCAGCCUAGAACUUUGAGGGUGAUGCUCCCAUCACGCCAGGAGAGAAAUGCGACACACGGCGGCGCGGUUAAUCCCAAAGCAUCCUCGUCGAAGAAGUCGAGGAGACCCACGGUCGAGGUAUCAUCCGAAGAGGAAGACGGGUCAGAUCCCGAGAAAGGGAUAGUGUUUGUAGAUGAUCAGGAGCUAUCCAAUGAUAAUUUACUCAGAUUAUCAAAUGAAAUCAGCGAAACGAUAAUCUUAAGAACAGUAGCAGUCAAAAUAGGAGGAAACCCUGGACCAACGACUGGGGUAGCCACAACAACAACACACACAGCCCAGCUCACCACAACGGUGGAUUCCAAUUCAACCGAAACCAGAAUAACACCUUCCGGCAAAGUGGAAACUUCGGAGUGCCCUACCAGAACAGUCUAA